AUGUCGGAUACCUGUUUUGGAUACCUCACGUCAGGUCGGGAUAUUCCUAUCGACGAUGUUGAUAAAAUCGUCGGGCCACUUAUCAAUGGACUCAUCAGCCGCAUCAAGUUGGACGGCCCGGUUGCGUAUGUGCUCGAGGAGACCAGUAGAAAUCUAAAUGCCCACUUCAACGUCCAACAUGUUUCCUUGGCAAGAUUGCAGGGCAAAUUGGGGCUGUCGGGCCAGCAGCUGUUUAAUACAGGACUGAGCAUUCGUCAAGAUUUUGGAAGCAGUGAGGUCAGCCAGGAUCUGCACUUCCAGAAUACUGUCACGCGUGAUCCAAAUGAGUUCGAUAUCACCAUCGCCGCUGUGCUAAGCGGUUCACAAACGCAGAUUCAGGUUGUCUACCGCCCCGAUUUCAUUGAUGAAAUCCGUACACUUGAAGUAGUUGAGACUUUCCAAAUGGCGAUGGAGUUUUUACUUCAAAAUAGGCCAGAAUAUCACUCACAGUCUCUCUAUGAUGCUUUCUUCACCUUCCGAACAGGUGCAGAUAGACAGUCCGUCGAGCAAAAUUGGAAGGAGUGGCUUCACGAGCUUGAAUCGUCUCAGUUCCCUCCACUGUCAAACUCAAUAUAUACACCCAAGCCAGAAUCUUAUGCUCAGCACAGCAUUUUGGGGAUCCAUCCAAUAGGCGGUGAGGCAGAAGUAACGAGUCUGUUGUGGACAGCAUGGGCCUUCUUGGUUGCCGGGCAUACUGGCGUGGAUGAUGCAACUUUCGGAAGUAUAACAUCAUCUUCGAGUAUAAGAUGCAACCGCGAUAAUACAGCAGGCAUGGAAGAGACCUUGACGGUUCCAACGAUCGUACCUGUCCGAAUAACGAUUGACCGCAGUGCACGGGUUCAGAAGCUGCGAGAGAAAGCAACGACAAUGUAUAGCAAGUUGACGAAAAUUCGUCACAUAGGUCAUCAUUGGGUCCAGCAGCUUGGAGCAGAGGGUGAAAAAGCCUGCGAAUUCCAAACAGUCCUUGAAGUACUUGGGGAUGGUGAAGUUGAACAACCUCAUUUGGCCACAUCAGAGAUGCCCAUGAACUUUGCCCUGCUGUUGAAAUGCGUCGUACGGGACAAUAGCAUCGAUCUAAUUGCUCGAUUCGACCCUUCUGUAAUCGACAAGACGCAAAUACUGAGAAUACUUCGCCAAUUUGGAGGCUUGAUCAAACAGUUGAGCUAUCAUCAACUCCCACCAACAACAUUAUCUGCCGCUAUCCAAACUAUCAGUGACGAGGAUGUCAAUGAUAUUUGGAUGUGGAAUUCUCCGGUUCCAGAGCCUGUUGAAGGGCUUGUUCAUGACGUCUUUGUGAAAACAGCUGAGAGGCAGCCCAAUUCGCCGGCAAUCUGCGCCUGGGAUGGUGAUAUGACCUACAGGCAACUCGAUACUCUAUCAACCAUCUUAGCUCAUCAACUUGUCUCCCUCGGGGCGGGACCGGGAACUAUUAUCCCUCUGUGUUUCGAAAAAUCCAAAUGGACACCUGUGGCUAUGAUAGGGGUCAUGAAGUCUGGAGCGGCAUCCGUAGCUCUAGACGCAAGCCACCCGGAGGAUAGAUUGCGCACAAUUGUGAAGCAAGUACAUUCCUAUUCGAAACAACGAUUAAUUCUUUGUUCUGGGCUAAAUGAGGACUUAUCCCGCAAGAUAGCCCAGACUGAUGCCGAGGAGACUCUUGUGGUUGUCGCUGAAAGGAUCACUCAAGACAAAGCUGAGAUUCCGAUGUUCAAGUCGGCCGAGAUUUGCCCCGACGAUAUGCUCUAUGUCGUUUUCACAUCUGGAAGUACAGGCAUACCCAAGGGAGCAAUCAUAAGCCAUAGGAACUUCUCCAGCGCGAUUCGGCGGCAAGCCACUCAAACCGGACUCGACUCAUCGUCCCGCGUGUUUGACUUUGCAUCAUAUGCAUUCGAUGCAGCGUGGUUCAAUAAUCUGCAUACACUUGCCGCUGGAGGAUGCGUUUGCAUUCCAAGUGAUGACGACCGGCAAAGUAAUCUCGUGUCCUCUAUUGUCAGUUUGGGAGCCAACUACCUGCCCAUCACACCAAGCGCGGCACGAAUGAUCAAACCAGAAACAGUGCCCAAAGUUCGCACGUUGAUGUUCGCCGGAGAAAAGCUCCUACGGCCUGAUGUUAACCAGUGGAAAGGGCAUGCUACAGUCUAUAACGCCUAUGGUAUCGCAGAAUGUACAAUUGGAAGCUCCGUGGGAAUAGUUGAAGUUGGGUCCACGGAACCAAGCAUUGGCCGCGGUUGCGGAUCAGUCACUUGGGUUGUUCGCCCAGAUGGGCUUGGGCUCGCAGCAAUUGGAGAGGCAGGAGAGCUCUGGAUCGAGAGCCCUCUGGUUGGUCAAGGCUAUCUAGGAAAUCCUGAAAAGACCGCUCAAGCCUUCAUCCAAGAUCCGCCGUGGCUACUUCAAGGUGGCGGGCCUCGUUUUCCUGGCCGCCGCGGGCGUCUUUACCGAACAGGUGACCUUGUUCGUUACAACAGUGACGGCACCCUUCACUUUGUCGGACGCAAGGACUAUCAAGUCAAAAUCAGGGGUCAGCGUGUAGAGCUCGGUGAUGUUGAGAGCCACAUUCAGCAGGCAUUGGCUUCUUCCCCAAAUGUACAGGUUGUUGCGGAAGUAAUCUCCCCGUCGAAUAGCCCUAACCCGAUACUCGUUGCUUUCAUCAGCCCUCCUGGAGAUUAUCAUGAAGACAGUGAGAGUCUGAAGAGCCGUGUGUCAGCUCUCACACAUAGUCUCACUGAUACGCUUCUAAAAUGCCUCCCAAUCUACAUGGUUCCAUCGGUCUAUAUCCCAAUCGCAAAAAUACCCACUACUCUUACCGGAAAAGUCAAUAGGAAGAAGCUUCAUGAGAUUGGCAACAAUUUGGACCUCGGUCUUUUAGUCCAAAACAAUGGCAGUAGCCUCACACGUCCUUCGACUCGAAUUGAGUCAAUACUAGCGACGGCCUGGUCUGAAGUCCUUCACAUUCCAAUCGAUCAGAUAUUCAAAGAUAUUCCCUUUACAAGGCUAGGAGGGGAUUCGAUUACUGCCAUGCAAGUGAUUUCCAGGCUUCGAAACCAACAAGUAUAUCUCAGUGUGGGUGACAUCUUAAGGUAUCAUACAAUAGAGAGAGUUUCCCCUCGGUGCAAGUUUGAUCAUGAUGAAACGAGGGGAGACAAAGUGGAAGAUGAACAACCAUGGGGCUUGUCACCAAUCCAGCAACAAUUCUUUUCAGCCCACCCUGACGGCCUUAAUCACUUCAACCAAAGUUUCCUUCUACAGGUGCAGCAAAAUCAUGGCGGAGAAGCAAUGCGCAAGGCAGCUGUGGCCCUUGUCGCCAGACAUCCGAUGCUCCGAGCGCGAUUCAGGCGCAUCUCAGACGACACAUGGGAGCAAUAUGCUGUCCACGACGGCCCUGACUCUUUCUCAUAUGCAGUGCAUAACGUAUCUGUUCCCGAGAUGAACAAACUCGCACAGUUAAGACAAGAGUCCUUGGAUAUUGUGCACGGCCCAGUAUUUGCUAUUGAUUAUUUUCAUUUACUGGGCAAAGAGAAAAACAAUAUCCUGUUCUCAGCGCACCAUUUGGUUAUUGACCUGGUAUCUUGGCGCAUUAUAUGGCAAGACUUGGAGAGGUUACUGGGCGGAGCACCUCUCCCUCCGUCUGUGACCACUUCAUUCCGCAGAUGGGCUGGUCUGCAACAGCAACUCGGUUCUAAAGAUGAAAACGCUUCUUUGUUGCCUUUUGAGCUCAUAAACAAGCCCGAGUUUUGGGAUAUAACGCCGGAGCAAAACCUUCUUAGCGCGGUUGACGAUCACAAUGUGCACCUUGAUAGUGCGUCAACCUCGCUUCUGCUUCAAGACUGCAAUGCAAGCCUAAGAACAAAGCCUGUUGAUAUAAUGGUUGCCGUCUUAAUUCAUUCUCUACAUUCUGAGUUUCCGGGUCGUCCUGCCCCAGCUAUUUUCCUUGAAGGCCACGGCCGUGAAUCAUUAGAUGAUGCUUCAAUCGACUUGUCAGAAACUGUCGGGUGGUUUACCUCUCUUUAUCCAGUCCAGAUCUCUCUUACAAAGGAAAACACUAUCGUUGAAGCGGUCAAGUUCGUGAAAGAUGUUCGCUCAAAGAUCAUCGGCAAGGGUCUGCCGUAUUUCGCUUCUGAAUCUCAGAAGAAAGGUAGCUCAUCGUUCUGCGGCCAGAAUAUAGACUUGAAGGACAGCGCUCUAUAUUUCAUCGAGUCACGGCGAACAUUGAAGAAGCCUCACCAAACACACGGAGGAUAG